CGAUGUGAUUGGUUUCUUUUGUAAAAGCACGUGGCUGUUAUGUAGCCCUGCUGACCAGAGAAGGCUCACUUGCUGAACGUUCGAAACAGAAAAUUGACAAUACAGUAAAGACGCAAGAUAUCACAUAUCAUGCUAUUAGCUGGAAAGAUGGACCAGGACAUGUAUAACAGACGCAGAGAGCGCACAGAUAAAAUCAGUGGUCUAAUGGGCAGUUAUAUGCUGAGAGGAUACAAGAUGCUUGGAACAUGCUGUGAUACAUGUGGGACUGUGCUAUUGAAAUACAGAGAAGAGCCAGAUUACUGUGUUGCAUGUAAAGAGGUUGAUGUUGAUAAUAUGCCUAAACCCACUGAAAAAGGGCCACCAGCCAUGAGGCAAACCCCACCUUUACCAUCACAAGAAACAUCAAGAAUAGGGGUAUCAAAUCAAUCAAGCAAACCUCCCAAUAAUUCCAAAGAUGUUCUUUCUGGCCACCACACUCAUGCACUCCCUUCAAGUUCAUCUGAGGCAAUUAAUACUGCUAUUGGGAGCAUAAAUGAUAAAAUAAUAUGGGCAAGUGAGGCACUGAAGAAGUCUGUGUCUACAGAAGAGUCUUUGAGACUUUGUGAACUACUAAAAACAUGUGCAGAGACGUUGCGUUGCCUGCAGGAAGCCUCAGAUUAGUGAAGUUAUAUAACUAAGAUUAGUUUUUUUUGUUGAAGUAGACUAGGAUUAUCAAAUUAAUUUCAAGAUAGCCAUCUGUAUAAGCAGAUUUCGUCCUUUCUUUUCAAAAUUUAUAUAAACUCGCUAAUAAGCUCAAACGUCGCUCCGAUGCUCGGUUCUCAAUGCAAAUGCAUGCAAGUUUUUUUUAUCCCGAAUAUUUGAUGCCGUGUGACAUGGUACCGGGAACAAUUUUUCGCGAAGUUUUUCGCCCGGCGUUGCCACUUUUUGAAAAGUUUUCAAAAAGUUGCCCCGUGUAACAUGAAGGCCAUCAACUUUUCGCGUAACGUCUACCCACGGCCACCCACGCUUUACAUGCUAACGAGGCCAAAAGAUGUUUCCCUAAAAAUUGUAUUGUUAACAUGUCUGUGCCAAUCUUCUCUCUUCGCUAUUGUAGAUGUAAAGUUUCCAGUUCA